CGCGCGCACAGGAGGAAGCAGCAGCAGCAGACAUCAGCCGGGAGGAGAGAAGAGGACCUCCGGCGGGGCAGCGAAAUUGAUUAGUGACAGAUUGGAUUGAAACCUGGAUGAAGAGGCAGCCUCGUAUUGAUGGGCGUGGGUGCAAUGUGGCACUGUGGGGAUUUGCGUUAGAGGAAGAGAACAACGAACAAAGCUGGGAAGAUGGUGGGACUGGCUCUCCUCCAGGGAACAUGUCAGACAGAAAGCACUUUUUCUAUGUUGGAACUCCCAAAAGAAUCCAGCAGAUUACAGAGGAAGAACGCUUCCUACAGAAAGAUGAAAUUCAGGUUACAAGCAAGUUACAAGCUAUGGAGUUGGACAAUAUUUGGCAAACUGAGAAAAAUGUCCCCUGGAGACCUUUUAAUUCAGCAGUUUUGGAUAAGAAUACUUUCCUGACUCACCCUGAAAGCUAUUCGAGGCACUGCAGGACAGGAGCUUCAAACAACAUCACAACACUGAGCAACAUCAGAGAUGGUGCUACUAGCAGGAGACCACAUCCAAAGCCACUGACAAACAAACCAGGCAUCUGCUCUGCACGGGGCAAGGAUCAAACACACAAAUCACCUUAACUGGUGGCUUGGUGCCGUUGGCUGAUACAAGUUUCCACCUCUUGGGCAAAGUAAAAUGGAACAAGCAAACUAAACUAAGUUCAUUCUCUUUAUUAAUAAUUUCAUGUCAAUUUCUUCUUAGAGCAAGGUUGUCCCAUGUUCUACCAAGGAGCCCAAAACAGCAUGCCAUAACUUUGAAACCAGAACCAUGGGUGACGUUUAGCGGCCCCAGGCUGUCACAUUUUGUGUACAGUGGUUUCAGAUCUUGGCUGCCUGAUAGAGUUUAGCUUCUAUCUUAAAAAAUCUGCACAUGCACAAGAAUGUAUUUCACAAAGUGCUACAAAAUCUAAAUAAAGCAAGAAUUAAACAGGUUUGUUUUAAAAUGCAACAUGGAAA